UUGACGAUUCACGAAAUGAGUUAAAAGAGUUAGAAAAAGAAUAAUUCGUGCGAUAGAAACAGAACUACAACUACAUCCUCGGAAAUAACCACAGUACUAAAAGACGAAUGUAAUACAAAAAUACACCCCUUAACGGUUCAAAGAACGCCCAGGGAUGUUGAGGAUGAAUGUGAGAUCAACAUCAAAUGGACUUUCGCGAUACAACGUUACGGGCAAGCAAGUUGAACAGAGGUUGAACAGCUGAUGCUUCGUCGACACCGGCGAAAUGUCAAAGUCUAGGCAAAUUACUCUGCGUGUACAAUCUUCAGAGGGAACAAAACGUAUAGAUGUACAUCCUUCCGACACAAUUUCUCAAUUAUUUGAAAAGGUUUACAAUGCUUUUGAAUUAAAUAGCUUUGGAUUUGGACUCUAUAGACAACGAAAUCUCAAAGAUGAACUUAUAUCUACUCGUAGCAGAACAGUUUCAGGGAUAGGACUUUCUCAUGGGGACAUGUUAUAUCUAGCUCCCCUUAAUGGUACAGAAGUAUGGAGUACUCCAUCGACUAGUAAUGCUUCUAUAGACAUUUCUCAAGAAUCAGGAUCAAUGGAUACAACAGAAGCUACGAAUCGCAAUGCCACAACAUCACGAUCUAUACCAAAUUUAAGCGUAACUGAGGAUGAGGUUGAUGAACAAUUACGGAAACUUGAUGGUAAAAUACAGAGAAAACGUGACGAAAAGCUAUGUAGACAUGGUCCAAAUGGGUGCUGUGUUCAUUGUUCUCCCUUAGAACCUUUUGACGAAGUUUAUCUUAAAGAACAAAAUAUCAAACAUUUAUCUUUUCAUUCGUAUCUCAAGAAGCUCACUGCUGGUGCUGAUAGAGGGAAGUUUAUACAGUUAGAUGACAUAAGCUGCCGUGUAAAGACUGGUUGUAAAGAUCAUCCUCCUUGGCCUCGAGGUAUCUGUAGUAAAUGUCAACCAAGUUCUAUUACUUUAAAUCGUCAAACUUAUCGACACGUAGACAACGUCAUGUUUGAGAAUCCAAGUUUAGUCGAACGUUUUUUAAAUUACUGGCGCAACACUGGUCACCAACGUAUCGGAUAUUUGUAUGGAAGAUACGAAAUACAUACAGAUGUUCCGUUAGGGAUCAGAGCCGUUGUUGCAGCCAUUUACGAGCCUCCACAGGAAAGUACAAAAGACACUAUACGACUUUUACCGGACGAAAGGAAAGCGUUAGUCGAUGAAUUGGCUCGUUUACUUAAUCUAAGAAAAGUUGGAUGGAUUUUUACUGACCUUAUAGCUGACGAUGUCAAGAAAGGAACGGUGAAACACGUGCGAAAUAUAGAAAGUCACUUUUUAUCUGCUCAAGAAUGCAUUAUGGCUGGGUAUUUUCAAAACGAGUAUCCAAAUCCCUGCCGUUUCUCUCCUAGUAAUUAUUUUGGCUCAAAAUUUGUUACCGUUUGCGUUACUGGCGACGAUAAAAAUCAAGUUCAUAUGGAAGGUUAUCAAGUAUCUAAUCAAUGUAUGGCAUUAGUGCGAGAUGGCUGUUUGGUUCCUACAAAGGAUGCGCCAGAAUUGGGAUAUGUAAUCGAAUCAACAGAUAAACAGUAUGUUCCGGAUGUUUUUUAUAAGGAAAAAGACUCGUAUGGAAAUGAAGUGCCAAGGCUAGCAAGACCUUUGCCAGUAGAAUAUUUAUUGGUAGAUGUACCUGCAUCCACACCACUCACUCCACAAUUUACCUUUUACGUUAGUGAUAAUAUUACUCCAUUUCCAAUUGAAAAUAGGCUCGUUGAUGGACAAGUUCAAGAAUUUAGUUCGCUUUGUUCAUAUAUGCAACAAUUUAAUCAAGAUGAAUUUUUAGAAGCAGUUUCAGACUUCCAUUUGCUACUUUUUAUUGCAACAAUGGAUAUGUUACCAAUGAAGGACCAUAUGACACCAUUAUUAGAAGCAGUUCGCAGUAAGGAUAAAGAAAAAGCAAUAGAAUGGGCACGAUCUGAACAUUGGGCAACAGUGGAGCAACUUAUAUCUGCAACAACGGCAACAACAUUGCACUCAUCUCAGUCAUCUCUUGAUAGUAAUUCAAGAAUGUCAUCUCCUGUACUUGUGGGAGAAAGCGGAAUAGGAGUUGGUACAGAACCAAUGGCAAAUCCACCUCCUAAUCAAACGCUUUGGACUUGUUCUCAUUGCACUUUUCUCAAUGCAGCAGAUUUUGCAAUGUGUGAAAUGUGUGGUUUGCCAAGGUAUACAUAACAAACUGUCAAUAUUAUAUUGCUUUUGUAUGCAUUUAAGGGUAUUAUCCUUAAAUUGCUACUUUGCUUCCGCAGGAUUUGAUGCAUACUGUGUCCUUGCGGAUAUAACAAUUGUUUUCUACACAUCUUUGGCCUUAUUUAUGAGUGAAUAAAAGAGAAAAAAGUACUUUUGA